AGUGGAAAGCGAAGGAGGCGGCUGAGGCGGCUCCGGAGGUUCAGGACUCGGAGUCGGUGCCUCCAGGUGCAAUGGGCAGGGUUGGCCCGCGCUGAGGGCGACGCAGGGCGCUGAUAGGGACGCGGGGCUGGGCCAUGGCCGGCGCUCGGGCAGCCGCCGCCGCCUCGGCGGGGUCCUCGGCUUCUUCAGGCACCCCACAGCCGCAGGAGCCGGGGCUCGGGGAGCUGCUGGAGGAGUUCUCCCGGACUCAGUACCGGGCCAAGGACUGCAGCGGGACGGGAGGCUCUAAGGUUGAGCGCAUUGAGAAGAGGUGUCUGGAGCUGUUUGGCCGAGACUACUGUUACAGCGUGAUCCAAAAUGUGAAUGGGGAUAUCUGCGGCCACUACCCCCAGCACAUCGUGUUCCUGGAGUAUGAGAGUUCUGAGAAGGAGAAAGACACGUUUCAGAGCACCGUACAGGUGAGCAAGUUGCAGGACCUCGUCAACCGCAGCAAGACGGCCAGGUGCAGAGGACGUUUUGUCUGCCCAGUGAUCCUGUUCAAGGGCAAGCAUAUUUGCAGGUCGGCAACGCUGGCUGGAUGGGGGGAGCUGUAUGGACGCACUGGCUACAACUAUAUUUUCUCAGGGGGUGCAGACGACGCCUGGGCAGAUGCAGAGGAUGUCACGGAGGAGGACUGUGCGCUUCGAAGUUCCGACACGCAUCUUUUUGAUAAGGUCAGAGGGUAUGACAUCAAGCUGCUCCGGUACCUGUCAGUGAAAUACAUCUGUGACCUGAUGGUGGAGAACAAGAAGGUGAAGUUUGGCAUGAAUGUCACCUCCUCCGAGAAGGUGGACAAAGCCCAGCGCUAUGCCGACUUCACUCUCCUCUCCAUCCCGUAUCCAGGCUGUGAAUUUUUCAAGGAAUAUAAGGAUCGGGAUUACAUGGCUGAAGGGCUCAUUUUUAACUGGAAGCAGGACUACGUUGAUGCCCCUCUGAGCAUCCCCGACUUCCUGACUUGCUCUCUGAACAUUGACUGGAGCCAGUAUCAGAGUUGGGAUCUGGUGCAACAAACACAAAACUACCUGAAACUGCUGCUUUCCAUAAUUAACAGUGACGCCCGUGUUUGCUUCUCUCCUGGGCCUCCCGUUCCACGUUCCUGUGUAGAUGACAGCGGACUGCUAGUACACUGUAUCUCAGGCUGGGACCGGACGCCCCUCUUCAUCUCUCUCCUGCGCCUUUCCUUGUGGGCUGUGAGUAUGGACGGGCUGGGCCGUGGGGUCAGGGAGCAUUCAGAGGCCCUUUGUGAGUCCUGGGACUGUUUCCAGAAAGCAGAGAGGCUUCGGAGCGAGGGACCUCACGUGUCCAGAGCAGGUGUCGUGUUUAACCCCGCUCCGGGGGCUGUCAGGCAGCCUGGCUGUCACGGGGGCGGUGGUUGUGACUCAGCCCCCGAGGCCAGGAGGGGGCCGUCGUGGGGAGGCUUCUUUCUGAUCUGGGCCCGUCUCUUCCAGGACGGGCUCAUCCACACAUCCCUGAAGCCCGCUGAGAUCCUCUACCUAACGGUGGCCUACGACUGGUUCCUCUUCGGGCACAUGUUGGUAGAUCGACUCAGCAAAGGAGAGGAGAUUUUCUUCUUCUGCUUCAAUUUUUUGAAGCAUAUCAUCUCUGAGGAGUUCUCUGCUCUGAAGAUACAGAGGAGGAAGAGUUUGCCAGCCCGGGAUGCAGGCUUCACUGUGGAAGAUAUCUGCAUGCUGAGACGGAAGGAUCGUGGCAGCACCACCAGCCUUGGCAGUGACUUCUCUCUGGUCAUGGAGAGCUCCCCAGGAGCCGCCGGGAGCUUCACCUAUGAGACCGUGGAGCUGGUCCCUGCAGGAGCACAGACUCAGGCAGCUUGGAGGAAGAGCCACUCAUCCUCUCCACAGAGUGUGCUCUGGAACCGGCCGCAGCCCUCAGAGGACCGCCUGCCUUCCCACCAGGCACUGGUGGAAGCCAAGUCCUCCAGCUCCUCGUCCUCGAACCAUUCUGACAACUUUUUCAGGCUGGGUAGCAGUCCCCUGGAGGUCCCCAAGCCCAGAUCAGUGGACCAUCCCCUGCCCGGAUCCUCUCUCUCCACAGACUUUGGCAGCUGGCAGAUGGUAACAGGCUGUGGCAGUAUUCAGGAACGGGCUGUCCUGCACACAGACUCCUCUCUCCCUUUCAGCUUCCCGGAUGAGCUCCCUAACAAUUGUCUGCUUACAGCCCUGAGUGAACGGGAGACUCGGCUACAGGAGGUGCGCUCAGCCUUCUUGGCUGCCUACAGCAGCACAGUGGGGCUUCGGGCAGCAGCCCCCAGUCCCUCCGGUGCCAUCGGCCUGCUGGAGCAGUUUGUCCGUGGUGUUGGACUCCGGGGCACCAGCAGCAGCACCUUAUGAAGCAGCCAGCUCAUGACAGCUUCCUACUCCUCUCUCACCUGAGCCCUAAGCGGAAUCAAAGCCAUGCCCAGCCAAGGGGUGCUUCAAGGUGGGGGGAAAUCUCCCCUUCUCCAUCAUGCACAUGGCAGCCCCAAGGCUGCGCAGGGCCAAGGACGGGGUUCUCCCCCACCCCAGCUUCCUGACUGGUGUCCGCCACCCUACUUGUCACUGCCUCCCACCCACCUUAGUCUUUGCCAGGAUUCCUGUCAACUCUCAGAACUAUGUGGGGUUUCCCUGGGGCCUUGUGGAGGCCGAGACUUCACAAAAGACCCCCACUUUCCAUUCUCGUCUCCUGGGGAGGAGGGGUCACCCGCGCUGAGAAUGAGGCAGUUUUGACACAGAUCACAAAAUGAAAUCAAAGCCUUUUUGAACAGCUACUCUAUCGCAUUA